AUGGCUGCAGACGUGAGGCAAAGACAGGAGCAGGCGCCCAAGCCCGAAGUGAAGAACUACAAAGGCUUCGUUGCCGGCGUGUUCUCCGGCAUCGCGAAACUCUCAGUCGGCCACCCUUUCGACACAAUCAAGGUCCGUCUCCAAACGACAGACAUCUCCCGCUUCAGCGGACCUCUCCAAUGCGUCGGCCAGACACUGCGCAAUGAGGGAAUUCCGGGUCUCUAUAAGGGCGCCACGCCGCCCCUCGUCGGCUGGAUGUUCAUGGACUCCGUCAUGCUCGGCUCCCUGACGGUCUACCGCCGCCUCGUCGCCGAACGCCUCUUCAAACUCCCCGGUCCCGAGAACCUGCCCUCGUACGGACACGGCAUCGCGGGCAUCAUGGCCGGCAGCACCGUCAGCUUCAUCGCGGCGCCCGUCGAGCACGUCAAGGCGCGCCUGCAGAUCCAGUACGCCGCCAACAAGGCCGAGCGGCUGUACAGCGGGCCCGUCGAUUGCCUGAAGAAGAUUUACUCGCACCACGGCAUCCGCGGCGUCUACCACGGUCUCAGCGCGACGCUGCUUUUCAGGGGUUUCUUCUUCUGCUGGUGGGGCAGUUACGACGUCUUCUCGAGGUGGAUGAAGGACAACACGAAGCUGAGCGCGCCGGCGAUAAACUUCUGGGCUGGAGGACUAAGUGCUCAGAUCUUCUGGCUGACGAGUUACCCGUCGGACGUUGUGAAGCAGCGCAUUAUGACAGAUCCGCUGGGAGGCGGGCUGAACGACGGCACGCCGCGGUUCAGGAGGUGGAAGGACGCGGCGACUACGGUGUAUAGGGAGAGCGGAUGGAAGGGAUACUGGCGCGGAUUCUUGCCGUGCUUUUUGCGGGCGUUCCCUGCCAAUGCGAUGGCGCUGGUAGCAUUCGAGGGUGUCAUGCGCGCCUUGCCAGAGUAG